UUUUUACAAAAAAAUAUUAAAAUACAACACCACUUGAAAAUAAUUUUUUUUCAUUAUUUAAAUUCAUUUUACAUUUUAAUUGAUAAUGUCUUUGCCAAGAAAAAUUAAAAAUAUACCAAGGUAAUCAAUAAUAAUAAUAAUAACAUAUCAUCAUGAUAUUAUCGAUUGGUAGUAAUUUUACAGAAUAUCAUCCAAAAGUACAUCAUUCAUUAGGUACAUUAUAUAGUGUUGCACCAAUCAUUAUUUUAAUUAUUGGAAUACCCGGUAAUUUAUUAUCAAUGGUUAUAUGGUUAAGACGUUUAUCUACAACAGUUGGUUCAACAAGUUUAUUAAUUGGUAUUAUGUGUAUGACUGAUACAUAUGUUAUAGCACAUGGUUGUCUAAGACAAUGGAUAAUUGGUAUCACUAAUGAAAAGGUGGAUAUACGUAUCAAAUUUGGCUGUGGUAUACCAUUAUUUUUAUUCACUUUUUCAACAGAUUUAUCAACAUGGAUAAUCAUUUUAUUAUGUAUUGAAAGAGCUAUAUGUGUUUGGACUCCAAUCAAAUUUAAACAAUGGUGUAAAUUAGAACAUGGAAUAACAGCUUUAAUUUUUGUUGUAUUAUGUUUGGCCAGUGUGAAUAUUCACUAUGUAUGGACUGUAUAUGUAAAAGAUAAUUCAUGUGCACCGAAACAAGAAUAUAAAGCGUUUCAUUUAUACUGGCCGUAUAUUGAUUUUGCAAUUUAUUCAUUUAUUCCCUUAGCUUUCAUACUACUAGUAAAUAUAAGUAUUAUAUGGAGGAUGAAAACUACAAAUGUAUCAACAAAAAACACACAAAAUUCAAUAAUACCAAGAGUAGCACUUAUAAGUGAUAGUUCAGAACAAACAUCUUUAAAAUCGCGUACUUUACAUAAAGACAAGUCGUCAUCAGCUCGUGAACAACGUUCUGCACGAGUAUUACGAACAGUAGUUUGCAUGACUAUAAGUCAUUUUUUAUUAACAAUGCCAGUAGUAUUCUUUUAUUUAUUUGAAUCGAAAUUUUGUAUUGAUAAUAAAGAUUGGAUAAAUGUCUGUGAUACAAUCGAAAGAGUAACAGUAAUAUUACAAAUGAUUAAUCAUAUGACACAUUUUUUUAUUUAUUCUUGUACAUCAAGUGUAUUUUUGUCAGAUUUAAAUCGUUUAUGUAAAAAUCAUCCAUUGAAAUGUUGUCGAUCGGUAAAUACAAUGAAUACUCGACUUGUCAAUACAUCUAUCAAUGUUGUAGAUAAUCAUGCAGUGAAUUAUUCACAAGCUUCACCAAACUAGAAAGCAAUAAAAAAAGGCGUUGACCUCUUUCAAUUGAACCUAAUCAAUGUUGAUUUAUCAAGAUCCCAAAUAUUUGAAAAGAAACCAAUUACAUUGGUCUUCAUUCAUACUGUUUGUCUACAACAUUUAUAAAGUUAAUAUAUCACGUUUGAAACACGUUUUAACAUUCAUUGUGUUUAAAAAUGAAUGAAUUUAUGUGCAUAUAUAUAUACAUUGACUGUCACUUGCUGCUAAUUAUCGUUUUUUUACUACGUAUUUGGCAAUUACAUGUGCUUACAGAUUUUUCAUUGUUGGCAAUACAUCCAUCAUUUUGUAUGUUGUAAAACUGAACUACAUUGUACAAUGUUCAAUCCUCAAAAGAUAGAUACAGUGAAAUAUGGAUAAGAAUGAGUUUAUCAAAUAUAUAUAUAUAUAUAUAUAUAUAUAUAUAUAUAUAUAUAUAUGCAUAAUGUGUUUAAUCAUCUUUUUAUUUUUACAAUAAAAUGAAUCUAAUUCAUUUUUGUCUUAUUUUACACAAUAA